CAAAGAACCUAGACUUCACACAAUACUCAAAAAACCCUACAAAUAAGGCAUGUUAAUUAAACUGCUCCAGGUAGAUGUAUUUAUAGGCUAGUGGUCAGUGUUCUAGGUACCAGACUCAUUUUGCCUUGAACCUUGAACAGCACAGAUCCGAAUGUCACAGUGAAAGAUAAGCGAGGCAUAUAAAAAGACAAAGUAAAUAAAAAACAAUGGCGCCGCUCGUUUUGUCUGCUGUUUUCUUCAUGUUCCUGGAGUACGCCUAUGGAAUCAACGUCGCCGCCUUUAAUAUCCAACAUUUCGGGGACACGAAGGUAAACGAAGUGGGACGAGACAUCGUCCGGGUGCUGGCCAACUACGACAUCGUUUUAAUUCAAGAGGUCAGAGACAUGGACCAGUCCUCCUUGAACACACUGAAGGACUUGCUGGGCUCCAAAGUAUGGGACUAUGUGUCCAGCGACCCCAUAGGAAGGGGCACCUACAAGGAGCAGUAUGUCUUCUUCUACAAGAAGGCAGUGGUGAAGAUUCAGGGCCAGUUCCAGUACGACGACUCUGCCAGGGAUGUGUUUGAGAGAGAGCCUUUUGCAGUGAACAUUCAGUACAACUCGCCCAAACGUGGGAAGAAUGUGAACGUUGUUUUGAUGGGUAUACACACAAAGCCAGAGAAAGCUUUUGUGGAACUGGAGGCACUCCCCACAGCUAUGACGGCGGCUAAAAGCUACUUCUCCAAAGCCGCAGGCGUCAUCGCCAUGGGAGACUUCAAUGCUGACUGCAACUAUGUGAGUGACGCCCAGAAGGCUUCCCUGGCUAUCUUCAACCAGAACGCCAGGUACCGCAGCCUGAUCCCUGACACGGCCGACACCACCACCUCCACAAGCACCAACUGCGCCUACGACAGGAUCGUCAUCGAGGGCAACAGUGACAUCGUCGCCGACUCUGCCAGGGUCUACAGAUUCGACACCGAUCUGGGCAUUGCAUUUGACAGGACUGCAGCGAUCAGUGACCACUACCCAGUGGAUUUCAAAUUGCAAUAACAUGUGAUUUAUGGAUCGGAUAUAAUGUCGACCACAAACAAAUAAAGUCACUGAACGAC